AUGAGGAUGCUAUCCUUCACUCGCAAUGGGGCCACAACGGCUCUGCAGUUCCUUGCUAUUGUCUUGUUGGCCCAGAUCGGCAUGGCAACCAAGACCCCCGAGCCGCCCAAACUGUCAUUUCUCUACACAGCAUAUGUCGAGUGUGAGCCAAAUCUCAUGAGCACUAUUGCUGGGCCACACGGUAUACGCAAGUCUAUCCCCAUUGUUGGUGGAAACUUCAGCGGCCCUCAUCUGUCAGGCAAAAUCCUCAACGUCGGGGCUGACUGGGGCCUGACCGAUCCUCGAACAAACGUUUUCUCAGCAGAUACUAGAUACAAUCUGCGCACUGAUGACGGUGCUGAUAUCUUCAUUCAAACAUCUGGCCCCAAAGCUCCCGAUGGUCAUCUGCAUCUACGUCUUGUCUUUGAAACGGCGAGUCCGAAGUAUUACUGGUUGAACAAUGUCGUCGCGAUCGGCAUAUUGACAUCUGGUCUGCCAUCUACGGGGAACUUGAGCCUGCUGCGAAUUGAUGCUUGGAAUUUCGCUUCGGACUGGAAUGCGACACAGUUUGUGAAUAGCACUGCUGCUGUGUGA